AUCUUAGGUACAGCUUGGGGAUCCUUGUUUAGGUCCCAGUCCCUAGCUUAGCAGAUCUUAUCAGAUACGUUCUUUGUGUGUUUAUUUGGAGAAUAAAGGAUAGAGCAGUCAGCCCAUGUUCUCGUGCUACUCGUUGUGCGUCUGCCACUUGAUGUUGAUAAAGGUCUUGCUAUCCAUGCGGUCAAGGUAAAGCAGGCCGUCCAGGUGAUCCAUCUCGUGCUGGAUGAUUCGGGCCGGCCAGCCACUCACCUGCCAACUGACAGGUUCAGCAUUCUCGUUCAGACCUGCGUAGGGGCAUAUGUUUCGCAAAUGCACAAAAUAAAUUGCAAAAUUUGUGUUGGCAUUUCUACUGAAUAACUUCGCAUUAUUAUUGUUUGGGUCGUUUUGAGUAAAAUAGUAUCAACACUAGGACAACAACAUUUCCCCAAUUGCUUAUAACUAAGUUGGGUAAUGUUUUUGUCAUUUUUAAUAAAUCGUCCACUGUAUUGCCCAAUUCCUCGCUUCAGAGUUGAUCUCACAGGUAUAGGCCUACCUGACACUUCCACAGACAAGUAGCGGGGUACCGUGGCAGAGAACCCCGAGAUGCUCUCGCAGGCCUCCUGGAAGAGAACCGUCCGUCCGUCCAACACACGCAGAGUUGGGUUGACGAAGAUCCUCAGGGGCUGGACAGAGAGACCCCGCGCCUCCCUGGACGCAGGUGAGCUCUCUUCCAUCAUCUUCACGGGGUACUCCAGCGCCACGAUGCGUAAAGGCACCCCAACCUGAGGCGCACUCAGUCCAACACAUUCCAGCCUUCGCAUCACUUUUACCAUAGUUUUGAUGACCCCUUGUACCUCGGGGCUAGAAAUAGUUGCUGGGUCUACAUCCGCAGCUUGGGAACGCAGUACGGGGUCCCCAACCUGGCAAACGUGAUUGUAGGGAGGACAGGAAGGUGGCUGGAUCUUGCGUUUAAUAUACUGGAGAUAUGAACGCACCCUGACGUUGGAGGAAUAACAACAUUUAGAGGCUAGCGGGAAGAAGAGGGGGGUUAAUUGAUAGCCGGAGGAUGUGGCAGUGGCACCUCCUGUGAGGAGGGAAGGCUUUGAAUUAGACAGUCCUAAAGUUCUGUUGGAAAGUCUUAGCACCCGGCUUAUUAUUGUCCUAUUCAUGGCUCAGUCCUAUUCGAGGUAGCUAAUAAAUACAAGUUAUGACACGGCGAUCCCGGCGCUAAGAAAAGUUUUUUUAAGAAAUGUAAAAAGGAUUAGAUUUCGGCAUAAUACCAGUGGUAUAAUCUCAUUCUGAACAACACGCGUUCCCGUCCGACUCCAAUCAAGGAGAUGAUACUAGAGUAUGCCUGGACUCACAAGAUGAAGGAUUUACAAGAAGGUUUGCCCUUGUUUACACAUUUUAUAUAUUUGUAGCGUUGACUUUGUACGUUUGGAUUUGCAUUCGGCAACACUUUCCAGCUACAACGGGGUUUUAUACCCUCAACAGGGAACUUAAUAGUAGUAACCAUCAAUAAGUCACUUAUGAAUGACACAAAACCAAUUGUAUUUGUAAUACAUUCGUGCUUACUCGCUCUUAUUAGUGAAAUUUAACAUGAUUUUUUACUAAAUUGGUCUCAUGUAGCACUUAUUUUGAUAGUUGAAGUGUAAAAGAUAGUCAAUCGCUCCAUUUCAUCCAGUGUGCUCCAAAUCAAUACCAAAUACAUAUAUACCUAUACCUCCGCCAAACAAGUAGGACACACCUCUUUUUAUUGGAUUUGAGUGCUGAAUAACUAUUAAAAAUAGUAUAAUCGAAGCAGUAAAAUCGGAUCUUGAGUGAAUGAAUAUCCAACUUAAAACAAACGUCACAGCAGUUUUGUAUGGUUAUGUUUGCUACCAAUGAACCGAUCAACAACUAAUGACAGAUUGCAUUUGUUGGUAUUUUUUUUUUCUUGUAAAGUUGUGGACACUUCUUUAUGGAUGGAAGCCAAACAGCAAUAUUAUUCCCUAAAAGAACCAUGGAGGCUACGAGUAGCUACAGCCCAGGCAUACUCCAUCAUAAAGAACAGGGACGUCGGACGUUAUGAAAGGGUGAUCUCCUUUUUGGAGGCAUCGUACAGACUUCUACCCACACUUGUGGUCGCCAUCAAACACAUGAAGAUCAUGUUUGGACUGAAGACAUUGGUAAUUAUGUGGAUGCUUAAACAAGGCCAAGGCAUUGUUCCUAUCGUUGUUAAAAUCCUCCAGUUCUUUCCCAGCAAACUACCUCAAUACCAAGACCACUGUAGCAAUAAUGAGAUAUUUUUAAUGCAAAAAAAUCAUCUGGACUUCAGGCUCUUCGCUCAAAGUCUUGCAUUGGACCAGAUGAAACUCGAGGAUUACAUUAAGAAUGAGCUGGAGGAGCAGUACGGUGAACAUUAUACCCAGAAAGUAGAGGACAGACUUCUGCACUAUGUACAUGAAUUGGAGAUGAUGUUACCAAGAGAUACCUAUAUUGACCAGAUCUUACGGCAAGAGCAUAAAGUGAGCCAUGAACACAAGGAAAUUUUGGAGAUUAUAGCUCAAGGCUCCACGGCCAUCGCAAGUUCCCUGAGGAUGCUACUGCAAUGGGGUGACAAAAGCUGUUGUCCUCUGAAAUUCUCCUCGAAACCAGCAGUGGCAGCUGUGGUGGAACCUGUUGCUCUCCCAGAGCCUGCCGUGAACAACAUCUCUUUCGGUGCUCCUCCAAGAUCGGAGACGGCCAAAGCUCCCGUAAUGGCCCGGGAAGACGCAUUGUGCCGACACCUUUCCCAAGACAGCCCUCUUCUGUUUCCUAUGGAGCAGCAGGAGAACAGUGGCGGUGUGGGAGACGGUGAGGUUGGAUGUCCCCAACCAAAAGAGGGGUUGGCGAGGGAAGCUAGGGACAGAGAGGCAGUGAUGAAGGCUGACGGUGGGCGCGAUAAGAGGGGACCGGCCCUCCCCACGGAUCAGCAGGCGGAGGAAGGUGGUCCCCAAAGAGGUGAGGAAGCGGAAGGGGGGGACCACGCGGAUGUGCAGCUCAGCCAGAGAAGCGAUGACUCUGAACGCGUGUCCUCCUCUUCCUCAUCUUCUUCCUCUUUGCCACAUUUCUGCACCAAACACAAGCGAUGGGUGAGGAGCAUCCUGUCUGAGUGCUCCAAAGAGCGGCAGGCACAAAGAGACGUGCCUCCCUCCCCUCUGCUCUUCCCUUCCUCUUCCUCCUCUUCGUCUCAGGACCUCACCCCCUCCGACCUCAUCCCAUGCGACCUGAUCCAAAAGCCCCCCAACCGUCAGACCUCCUGCCUCUCUCCGGCAACCGCCCAGGGGCCCGGUCUGACCCUGUCCAUGCAUAACCCCUGCCCCACACGGUCUGUACAGCCGCUCUGCCCCCCCGGGGUCCGCCCAGGGUCCCCCAGAGCAGGGGCCACAAACACCUCCCAUCACGUGGCCCCAUCUACAACCCCUUGCACCCCCGUCCCUGAAUGUUCGGCAAGCCAUGAAGCAGCUGCUUCCAGCCCACCAAAACCUGAGGCUCCAUCGUACUCUUCAGGCGUGAAGCACAGGCUGACUGUAGGCCUUUUACCAGACGGGGCUCAAUCACAAUUUGCCCCUUCCAUUUCACCAGACGCGGUUAAACCACAAUUGGCCCCUGCCGUUGCACUCCCCCUGUCAGAGCAAUAUCAGCCGGCCCUCGCCUCGACACUGCCUGCACACUACCAGCAAACUGUAUCUGGUAGCGACUCGCCCUCUGCCCGCAGCCUAACACCUGGCCACACAGCGGCCCCCUCACCAGGGCCUUCGAGAUGCGUGGCCGCUCCUGAAAGAGGGUGCCACCUGUCAGGAUCUCCUACACAGACCCCCGCCUCGCUUCACCAUGCUCCCCCAGGCUCGUCCAAGGACUCUUCUGAAGUCUCGGCCCUGCCUCCGAGCUCCGACCUGCACUCCGUGUCUCUGACCUCGACCUGCGCCGCAAGAGCGACUCCAUGCACUGAACUUCCCCCCGGCUCGAGACCUGCGCUCGCCGCCGCUGUCUCCACAGUGAGUGACGGACCCCCCCCGAGCGUUUCAGUUCAGGUCCCCCGGGCACCGACGCAGUCCCUGCCACAGCCUUAUGUGAGACUCACCAGACUGCACCCGCUCAGGUACCUCCGGGAGAAGGGGGGGAGUGCUCCUCCAAGCACUGAGACACCGCUUGUUGAGAAGCAGGCCUUGGGUGAUCCUCACGACGAAGGUGGAGGUGAGGAAGAGGAGGAGGAAGAGGAGGAGAAGGAGGAAGAGGAGGGAGAAGGAGGAGUCAAGUUUCUGUACUUCGAUCCUAACCUUCUCUACUCCGGUGAUGAGUCUUCAUGCAGUGACUCUGGGGCUUCUGAGGACCUGGAUUACAUGCCCUCAAGGAGUCAUAAGAAGAAACAAGUGCCUAAUAUGUCACCCGAUAUGUAAUUACUCAAUGCCAACAUAAGGUGACCUAACCCUUAACCAACUAUUUUUGAGUUGUUUAUCUUAUAUAUAUAUAUAUAUAUAUAUAUAUAUAUAUAUAUAUAUAUAUAAAUUUGAGGGAGAAGUUUUAUUUUUGAGUGAGUAGUCCAAUCAGUGUCAGUGUGUAUGCGUGAGUGUGCAGUGGAUGGUCCUGUUGCCCAUUGUGACCUUUUGAUGAGAGAAAGGAUUUCACCCAUUCGGUCAAAUUCCCCCUCACUCCUGUUUGCAUAGAUUUGCUUGUUGACUCAAAUCGAUUAGGAGCAGAAAAGUUGAAGUCAGGACACUAACCUGUCGACCUUUCUGAGAAUUUAGGGUUUUAAAAAAAAAGUGUUGAUGUAUGUGUGAUGUUACCCCAAGACAUGAAUGAACGCAGUGUGUGUGGAAGUUGCUAUGAGUAUGAUUAGCUGUAGCCAAAUAAAGGAUAAUGCGUAUAGAUUUCAGCCAUUUAUUAUUUUGUGUGCUCUAAACUUUUACCAAGAAUUGAUGGAAGUAUGUAUUGUAGUGAACUUUUUAUUUGGUAUUUAGCUUGGCGCUUAUGUGUAUGGAUACAUUGUUUAAUAGCUACAAUUAAAAAAACGAAGGAUUUUUAGAAACCAUCCCAAAGUUUUGAGAGGGGGUGGUACAAAGUUCUAAGGUUGGUUUACAUGGUACAUGUAUUUGUAUUUAUUUAUUCAGUUAGUUUGGGUUGCUUUCUGUUCUUAUCUGUAUACAGUGUUUUCUGUACGUUCCAACAAAGGGGAAAAACAAGAAAUAAAAUUGUACAAAACAAAAUGAUUUCCCUUUUUAAUGUGUAGGACUACUUUUAGUAUAAUAUUUUGUCCUAAUAGUAUGAAGAAAAGCCUGGUCCAAUGAAAUAAUAAGUAAAACCUCAGCAUAAGAAGGGCUAACAUCUCUAAACAAAACAAAUGCAGAAGAAUAUUGUAUUUCAUUCCAAUCAAUUUAAUCUUUCUCAUAAUUUCUAAUAUCGAAAAACCUAGAGUUGAUCCUGUGUUUCCUCCCAUGGCAGAGUC